CUCCAACAACCCUCACAAACACAACUCAACCCCAACCAUAACCCCUACCCCUAUACCUCCCUCACUCUCCCUCACAACACCACCACCACACCACCACCAAAAUGUCCAACUCAGCCCUCACCUUCUCCCAAAUCCCCACGGGCUACCCCGUGCCGGGGCAAGACCUCACCAUCACCCCGGCGCCGUACGACUCGUCGGCCCCAGCGCCGGAGAACGGCAUCUUCGUGCAAUCGCUGUACGCCAGCUUCGACCCGUACAUGCGCGGACGGAUGCGCCCCGCGGAGACGAAGUCCUACGCGCCAGCCUUCACGCUCCACGCGCCGAUCGACAGCGCCAUCAUCGCGAGGGUGCUCCGAUCCAACCACGCGAGCUACAAAGAAGGCGACCUGAUCAUCGGCCACCUGCCGAUCCAAUCCUACAUCUCCGUGUCGGCGGAGCAGCUGGUGCGGGUGCGGGCGCUCGAAAACCCGCUAGCGAUCGAGGACGUGCGGGUCUUCCUGGGGGCGCUGGGAAUGCCGGGUCUGACGGCGUAUUCGUCGCUGUAUGAGAUCGGCAAGCCGAAGAAGGGGGAGACGAUCUUCGUGUCGGCGGCGAGCGGCGCCGUGGGACAGCUGGUCGGACAGUUGGCGAAACACGAGGGGCUGACGGUGAUUGGAUCGGUCGGGUCCGAUGAGAAACUCGACUACAUCACCGGGACGCUGGGGUUUGACGGCGGGUUCAACUACAAGAAGGAAUCCCCGGCCGAGGCCCUGAAGCGCCUGGCACCGCAGGGAAUCGACAUCUACUACGAAAACGUCGGCGGGGAACACCUCGAGGCGGCGCUGGACGCGAUGAACAACUUCGGCCGCGUGGUCGUGUGCGGCAUGAUCUCGCAGUACAAUGCCAGCGAGCGGUACCCGAUCCGCAACAUCACCAACGUGCUGGUCAAGCGCCUGGACAUGCGCGGCUUCAUCGUCGGCGACAAGGGCAUGGGCGAUAAGUACGCCAGGGAGCAUCAGGAGAACGUGCAGAAGUGGAUCAAGGAGGGGUCGUUCAAGUCGCUGAUUCACCAGACGGAGGGGAUUGAGAAUGCCGCCGAGGGGCUGGUGGGGAUCUUCUAUGGGAGGAAUUUGGGGAAGGCGGUGCUGAAGUUUUGA